CGUGCAGAGCCUUGGAAAUCCGGCUUUUAUUCGAAAACUAUUCCACGUAUUGUUUUGCGGUUUGGCUACGAAAAGCAUUUAAGGAACAGCUUACAGGCCUAUAAUAGUGAGACGUUCUAUUUUCCCUUACUAAUAGGUAAGUUUUGACUGUGAAAAUGGCUAAAACGGCACUUUUUGCGGCGAGAUUUAGGUAAGAAGAUUCAUUUUCCCGGGCUUCGGAAAAUUAUAGACCCGUAGAAUGCACCUUUGUCUUGCGUCGCGUGAUAAAAAAAUAUAGUUUCGUAGAUGAAAAUCGAUGGUUCUACGAUGCAGUUCUAAAGCACUGCAUGCCAGUAAGACACUCCAGUGAAGUGGCGCCACCACGCGCUCCGCUCGGCCGCUAUCAGUCCGGGAGGGGAAGUAGCCUUGAGCGGCGGGAAGGUGGGUAUGCGGGGGGAAAAGAUCCGGCUGGUAGGGGGAGUGCCCAGCUGCUGCGUGUCGCUAACCUGAGUCUAGGGCAGUAGCUGUCUUUGACAGACGCACAGUGCGAGGUGCGAGAUAAUAGUUCGUACAUCCAUCAUCCUGCGUGCGUGCUCUGAUACUUGUGAAUGUGUGUGGGUGAAUUGACUCGCGUCAAGUGCCAGUAGAACGUUUAGCCUUUAUACCCAUUUAGAAAGGUUUGAUUUACAAAGGUAUGGAAUCUGCGAGAAAGCAAGUUUUGAAUGAAGACAAAAGAAGAGGUAAAAAACGUCACUUGCGUCUGAAUGCAGUUCGAAAGAAAAGGAAAUGGAACAAAGGGAAAGUUUUACGUUUAGUUGACGGCAGGCUGCGUUACGUGAAAAACCAUGAAACAAGGUUUUCCAACUAUACUUCACAUGAGUCUUUCAGUACAUCCAAACACGCGGGGAAUAUAGAAAAUGCUGUUGAAAGGAAAACCCAGACAGACAGUGAGACUUGCUACAUAACGUUGUCUCCAGCAAGGUGUUCCACCUCUCCCGGCGAUACUGCUUCACAUGAUCAAGUAGACAUCGAUGGAGCAGGUUGUUCGUUUUGGACAAACGAAAUAUUGGCGACACCGCAGAAAGUCACAACUACUGAUUAUCCUACAGAAGAAUAUGAUGUUACUGGAAUAUUUUCAGACACGGAACAAGAGUCAAAAUCGGUCACAAGUGACUACGCUCAGCUUCUUGAAGGCGUGGAGAAACUUUCGUCACCAGCAUCUUCACCCGAACAAACCUCUCCUAAAAAAACUUUCAGCUCUGAAUCAUCAACCUUUCCGAUACAAGGCCGUCGACUGUUUGAUGUUGACUUUCUAUUCAAAGAAAUGUCGCGCAUCAGCCAACAUAACAAAGUGUUUCAGUGUUCGUUUGAAAAUAUGCGAUUAAUAAAAGAACAUAAAAAUGGAAUGAUAAGUAAAUUUGAUUUCAAGUGUAAUAUGUGUGGUACUGUUGAAUCUAUUUUCUCGGAGGACCCCCAAACAAAUAAAGUCAACUGUAACAUGGCAUGGGUGAACAGUAUGUUGUUAACGGGCCAAAGUUUUACACAGUUACAAGACAUAACUUCAACUUUGGAAAUGCCUUGCAUGGCCAAGGAGACUUUCAACAAAUGUCAAAAAUCCCUAUCUUCUGUUAUACACGAUGUCGCAUGUCAAAGUAUGGAAGCCGCUGGCAAAGAAGAAGCAAGAUUGGCAGUAGAAAAUGGCAGUGUGGAUGUCGACGGAGUUCCUCUCAUAGCAGUUGUCACUGAUGGAGCUUGGUGUAAACGAUCGUAUGGAAACAAAUAUGAUGCUCUUUCUGGGGUGGUAAGUUUGUGUAUUACGUAAUCUUAUUGCGUGUUGAAUAAUAAUUUGUAGGCAAUCUGUGUUAUAUCAGUAAUUAUGUAUUAUUAGUAACUAAAAUAAGUUCAUGACAGUGUGAACAACACGUAAUAGUUAUUUUGUUAAUAUUUCCUUCUUUUGUAGAUAAAUGC